AUGAUGGCACUCUUGGCCGAGAAUGGUCCUUGCCACGUACAGUCGGAUCUGUCCACCAAGACCAAUCCAUACUCAUGGAACGGACAAGCCAAUGUGAUUUGGCUAGACCAACCCACCGGAGUCGGAUACUCUUACGGCCCUACCGUGGACUACGACUCCGGAGAGCACAACGUGGCUGAGAGCAUCUAUUGGUUCUUGCAAAAAUUCCUAAAAAAGCAUCCACAUCUGGCUGACCGGGAGUUCUUCGUAACUGGGGAAAGCUACGGGGGACACUACGUCCCUGCAGCUGCAUGUUCAAAUGCGGGGGUGAGAGUACUGAUUUACGCUGGUGAUGCCGAUCUCAUGUGCAAUUGGGUGGGCAACCAAGCGUGGGUUAUGGAACUGGAUUGGACCGGUAAAGCGAAGUUUAACAAUGCUCCUAACCAUCCGUUUGUUACGGCGGAAGACACGGAUGCUGGUCGUGUUCGGUCGUUUGAGAAUUUGGCCUUUAUUCGUGUCUUUAAUUCUGGCCACAUGGUGCCGAUGGAUCAACCGGCGGUGUCUUACGAGAUGAUCAACAAGUUUUUCCAGAACGAGGACUUCUGA